AUGUCGGGACGGUUUGACCUCCUCGGGCAUUGCCAACAGCUCGUCCACAUGCUCAACUUAACGGUCUCUUACGUGCUGCUCCGGCUCUACGCCGGCAUCACCAGCCUCAUCGUCACCUCCUACCCGGUCGUCUACUACACCUUCCUCUGUGACCCCUUCUCCCGUACGCUCUACCUAGGCUCCAUCACCAUCUGUGGCGCUGCUGCUGUGGCCGUCUCACUGCUGCCAGUCUUCCAGGCGCCUGAGCUGCGGUGGACAUGUGCUGCGCUAUUCGCGUGCAUGGGCGCAUCCGGCAUCGUGCCCAUCAUGCACAAGAUGCUCAUGUUCCACGCACGACCCGAGGGGGUGCUCACGACUGGUUACGAGGUGGUCAUGGGGGCGUUCUACCUUGCCGGCGUGUUGGUUUACGCCACGAGGGUGCCGGAGAGGUUUAUGCCGGGAAUGUUUGACCUCGUCAGGCAUAGCCACCAGCUGUUCCACGUGCUAAUCAUCGCUGGCGCUUACGCGCACUACCAUGCCGGCCUGGUUUACUUAAGUUGGCGGGACAGGGACCAGUGCUAA